AUGGCGGACAAGCCGACCCCAGGCGCGGCUUACAAAGCUGCUGCAAGCAAAUACCAGUCGCAGCUUCAAACCGCCGCAACCAAGGAUGAAGCGCUCAAACUGGCUAUCGGUAUUGCUGAGAACCUUGUGAACGCUUUGAAGCUCUCCCCGACCCCGGACGAAAAGCAAGAGCUUAAGCGACAAUGUGCAGCCAUAAUGGACGUCGCGGACCAGAUCAAGAAGGCGAAAACUUGGACUCCGGCCAAACCCGCGCCACAGCACGAGAGCACGAAGAGCCAGGAGAUAGGUCAGUGGGCUGCGGACGUCGCAAACUCUGCGGAGCCUUCUACCGGCCAUGGCGAGCGUAUUUCUCAGUCGAGCAACUCGCUCAUCGACCUCUCUUCAAGUACGGCGCCUGUCGAGAACACUCGCCCAUCAUCAGGUAAUACUUCCCCCUCCACUUUUUCUUUUACUGCCGAUGUCGUCCAUGGUGCAGCCCACCACAGAGGAGACUCGAAGGACGUUGUUUUUGGAUUACCCAUUCAGCUUUCGAAACAUCGAGUCGCCCCACCGUUAGUAGUGCCAAACCCAGCUGCUGAUACUCGACCCCAAGACAGUCAGCGCCUUGAAGGAUGCGCGGGGUCAAAUGCCAAACCAUCGCCUAUUAUGGAAGGCGACGCUGCCCAAGCUCUAAUGGUGCAAACAGAUCAUCUGCCCGACAAGGCCUACAACAAGACAUCGGCCCCUACGACGCCUUCGCUCGCGCCGUACUCUCAGAUUCGUACGCUAGCAGAGCCGAUAUCUACUCGGAGGCGCACUAGGAAGGAAGAAAUCAUCCUUCUCAAGGCAUCCGUCGUCAAUGGCUUCAAAUGUCCUCCGUGGGACAAGAGCCCUUCGUCCACAGAGUUCGCCCUUGUCGACGGAAAGCUAUUCGUCGAUACGCACGAUCUCAGCCUGUCGGCCUACCAACAGCAAUUCUUCCAAGGCUGGGUUCGCGCCAAGGAAGCUGUACCACCGCCUUCGAUGUUCCCUGAUAGAAAUGGAAUGGGCCCUCUGAUGUCCACAGCACGAUCCAUUGAUCUAGUUCAGGAUGCAGCAACCGACUGCUCAGUGGUGGCUAGCCUCUGUGCUGGAAUCGCCCGAGCCGAGCGCGGCCACGAUCAGAUACUCUCUAACAAGAUCUAUCCUUUCGAUAAAAACUUAGGCAAGCCUGUUAUCUCCUCAAACGGCAAAUAUGUCGUUCGCCUAAACUUCAAUGGUUGCUGGCGGAAAGUGAUCAUUGACGAUCGCCUUCCGAUGUCUAAUGGUCAUCGCUUACUCCACGUUAUGGACCGGCGGCAGCCCGCCCUGCUCUGGCCAGCUCUCCUAGAGAAGGCCUAUCUCAAAGUUCGAGGCGGUUACGACUUCCCCGGUAGCAAUUCCUGCAGCGAUCUCUGGACACUAACUGGCUGGAUCCCGGAGCAAGUCCACUUGCAAGAGACUGACACUGUUCCUGCGCAACUAUGGGACCGAAUCUAUAAAGCCUUCUUGUAUGGAGACGUUCUGGUCACGCUAGGCACGGGCAAGAUGCCUAGCAGGCAAGAGCGCGAACUUGGACUUGAAGGCCAGCAUAGCUAUGUCGUCCUAGAUAUGAGGGAGACGGACCACGAUCGAUUGCUACUGGUGAAGAAUCCUUGGGUGGAGGGCAAGGGAUGGCGUGGGCCGCGCCCUCAGGCGGUGCCGAUUCCCGACUCGUCUACAUCCACUGGCGGCACCGGGGGCAGCAUGGAAGCCUCCAAUCGCGACAGUGUCCCGACCAAGGACCGACCACAUCCGACUACCUUCUGGAUUGGGCUAGAGCAGGUAAUUCGACAUUUCGAGAGCCUUUAUCUUAACUGGAAUCCCGGUCUAUUCCGACACCGACAGGACAUCCACUUCGAAUGGAAGGUCAACGGCAAUGAAACCGAUAGCGGAUGUAUUGUGACGCAUCCGCAAUUCUCCUUCUGGUCCGAGCAAGGAGAUAUUGUUUGGUUUCUUCUGACCCGUCAUUGGCGCGACUCGCCUGAAGAGACCAAGGAUGAGUCGGAUGCCUUCAAUGACGGGAGCAUCCGGCCAGAUACUCAGAUGAACGCUACAGGAGAGGCAUCCAAGGGCUUCAUGAGUAUCUAUGUAUGCAAUGGGCGUGGCCAACGGCUGUAUAUCAAAGACACGUACCUUGAAAGCAGCGAUUACGUCACCACGCCACAAUGCCUCCUUAGGUGGGAUACGGAUGCGAAUUCCACGUACACCGUUGUCAUAGACCAGGACGAGCUUCCUCCAUCCUCUUAUACCUUCUCGCUCUCCGCUUUCUCCACAAAGUCGCAAAUCGUCCUGGAGCCUGCGGUUCAAAAGUAUACCUUCCAAAAGGCAGUUCGGGGCGAGUGGACGAGGCAGACGGCCGGUGGUAGUACCAGUUCUGCUAAAUACUUCGAAAACCCGCAAUACACCUUGGAGGUUAAAGAAAAGGGUUCUCUGGCAAUACUGCUUACGAGUGCGAAUCACAAGAAUCCGCUGCACGUCAAGCUUACGCUCGGAUACGGCAAGAGGAUGUACCGCCUCCAGAGCCGGGAUGUUCUUGUUGAUUCUGGGGAUCACCGCUCUGGAUGCGUGUUUGCAGAGAUACAGGACCUCCAGCCCGGCUUGUACACCAUCAUUUGCUCGCUCUUCGAGGCUGGACAAACAAGCGACUACACUCUAAGGGUCGACAGUACUAGCAAUGUUGUGCUAAACCAAAUUCCCCGGGACGGCGCGGGCUUGAUGUUGAUGAAGCUGGCCCCAGCGUGUUUCGGGCCCGAGGUACAGAAGCUCGCAGCUCCCAUUGUUGCCCACCGACUAGCCUCAUACACGAUUGUAGCGCGAUUCGCGAAGGCAACGUCGCCGCGCUCGAUGGGCAUGCAGCCGCUCGCCCGCAGUCCGUUCCGGUUUAGCGUGGAGCUGGGAAGGGGCCCCGAGCGCAAGUUCAUGAUCGCUAGCGAGCGCGGAGAAUACGCAGACUCAGCAACCGUUCGAUCCGAGGCCGUGAACAUCGACCCGGCCUUGUUCACUCAGGGGGAGCUGUGGCUUGUUCUGGACAGGCUCUCUGGCCCAGGCGGACCUGUCGAGGAGUGGUAUGAUGUGGAGGUUUACACCGACUUCCCUAAUGCCUGCACGAUUGGCGUUUGGCGUAACUGGAACGAUUGACGACUUUGCGAAGCAUCUCAGCAGCUGCGUUCCUGGGAUUCAUUUGGAUCGGGAUAGUAAUGUGGCGUUUCGUGUAACUUGGAGCUAGAGUCAGUGUUGGUUCUCCAGUGGAUAGAUGUGGCGUCGGAUCGUGGAUAUGCCUGCAUGCCCUGUAUGAGUAACGAUAGUAGCACUGCACGUUGCAGUAUGACCGUUGGUGUCACAUGCGAACGUCAGCAUUCGUGUCUGGUAGCCACGCGUAGAUAAAAAGUAAUUCCAGAACACAGCAUCCG